UCAGUUUUAAUUUCUUUAACUUAAAUUGUUUAAAAUAUGUUUCGUUUCUUGUUCUAAAGUUUCUAGAUAGAUCUGUCAAUUUUAUUUUGAUAGACCAUUUCCAUAUCCGAUGUGGUUUGUAUUAUAAGCAUAAACUCUUGUUUUCAUCACUGAGAAUUGUAUUUGAAUGCGCUUUGGCUUCUUGAUUUCAUUCUAUUUUCUUUCUCCUUGUUAAAUGAUUAUGGAUUUAUUGUAGAAUUAUUAGUUAGUUUGCUACUUUGCUUAGAGUUGGAAGAUUCUGAAGGGGGAUGUUUUGGCUUUUUGACACAAUCUUCUUCUUUUUCGGAAGAAACGAUUCUCGAAAGGAAGAAUCACUCCACUCCAUUAAUAUGUAGACGAAAUGAUGCUUGAGAUCACCUUUUAGUAUUCUUCUUCUGAAUAAUGCCUCAAAAACUUCUAAUUUCUUCAUGACUUUCAGUUUGAUAUUUUCUACCUUUAUAACUAGAACAAUUUGGCUGACUUGGAGGUUAGAGAUUUUCUUGUGUCAUUGGCUUGAUUCAAGAAAAUAGCACAUCUUCCCAUUGCCUGUAUUUUAUUUUAAUCGUAAUUGGUCCUUGACAUGGAGUCUUUAUAUUUGGAUAUCAACAGAUAAUGGGUAAUCAAUUGUGUCGUGUACAUGUGAACCAAUCGAGCGUUGCUAAUAUCACCCAUAGGGUUCAGCAGUUGGAUGUGAAAUGCGAGACUAAUACAAAGGUACGCAUACGGAAAAAUCUUGAGCACAUCCGGACACUUGAUAUAAGUUACAGUAUUCAUUCGGAUAUUCUUGACAAUUUUCUUGAAUUUGGGAUUGGGACUGAGUUAUUGACAAUCAGUCAGUAUAACGGGUCAUAGAAGCAGUUAGAUGAACUCCGUGAAGUGUUUUUAUUUGUUUUUCUUUCUUGCGGGAUAAUGUAUUUGUCAAUGUUGGUGCAUCCAUACAAUAUCGAGCUUUAGGGGAGAAGCCAACUGAUGCAUUCUACAAACUGACCAAUCCAAGGGGCCUAAUCCAAGUCUAUGUUUUUGAUGCAAUCAGAGCUAAUGUUCCGAAACUCCUCCUGGAUGAUGUUUUUGAGCAAAAGAAAUUUAUUGCUAGAGCAGUCGAAGAAGAACUUCAAAAGUGGCGUUAUGUUGUUUGACUGCAGGCUAUGUCUGCUUAUGGAUAUGAGAUUGUUCAAACUCUCAUUGUUGAUGUACAACCAGAUGUGAACGUGAAUCGGGCAAUGAAUGAAAUCAAUGCUGACAAGGCAGAGACUAAGAAGAUUAUACAGAUUAAGAGAGCCGAGGGUGAUGCUGAAUCUAAAUACCUCUCUGGAACGGGAUUUGCUCGGAAGGGUCAGGUCAUUGUUGAUGGUCUCAGAAACAGCGCAGUACGGAUCUCAGCUAAUGUUCCCGCCGGGACCUCUGUCAAAGUAACAGGCAAUGGCCUCAGAAACAGCGCAAUAGGGAUUUCAGUUAAUGUGCCCUCCAGGACCUCUGCCAAAGUAACAUGCAAUGGCCUCAGGAACAGCACAAUAGGGAUCUCAGUUAAUGUUCCCGGGACCUCUGUCAAAGUAACACGACACUUUGACACAAUGAAGGAAAUUGGUGCAUCCCCUAAAUCUUCUGCAGUGUUAAUCCCUCGUGGACCAGUUGCUGUUCCUGACAUGGUAACUCAAAUUCGUGCUGCACUACUUCUGAGAUCUUCUGCUCACAUGCCGUAAAUGAUGACUUGGUUCCCCAGCUCUAGUCGCAUUCACCUCAAACUGCAGCAACUAAAGGGAUACCUCUCUUUUUUAAUAUUUAAAUGCAGUGUGUGUGUGUAUAUAUUCAUGUUUCCUUUCAUCAACACUUUGAUUAUCGUGGCCUUUAGAUGCGCAGCACAAUCUAUAUGUUAUGUUUGCAUUUUGGGAUUAAUUGUGUGACUGAAAGUACUGUCGUACUGAUUAAUGUAACAUGGAUAGGUUUAUUCAAGUGUCUAUCCCAUGUUAUUAUUACACCCUGUUGAAUCCUCGUCUUAUAAAGAUGGCGUCGGGAAACAAUACCAAUCUCAGGCAUAGA